UGACUGUCAUUGAACGCAGCAGCGGUCGCGCCUUCUUCUGACUUAUAUGAAGAACAUCUAAAAAAAUUUGUCCUUUCAGCAUCUUGGCUGGGCUGGACACUUAGCUCCCGUGAAAGCGAGCCAACGGGCAUCAAAAGAAAUGGGAUGAUGCCGCCAAAUAAUACUUUCGGACGAAGUGCGCAGUACAUUAACAUGCUAAGCUAACGUGGAGCCAGAAGUGCGGGCUAAAGCUAGCGGCUAGUGUCCACCUGCUAACUGACGACCGUCGGGAUGGAAAACGAGCCCAGUUCCCCGCCGGGGAAUCUCGAUUCCACUGCUGACCCGAACAGAAUAACGGCGGUGUCUGCUGGAAAGAGACCCUCCAUCGGGGAGGAGGACGGAGGAGGCUGCGGCGGCGGGACUGAAUCCAAACUCUUCGGUAAGGGGCACGCAGCCACCUCCCUGCUCCAGAUUGCGAUCCGAAACGGCAUCUACCAAAACCAAGUUGCCAACGCGAUUGGCGGUGCUGCCAAAAAUAUGCCUGCAGCCAACAUUUACAGCCUGACAUCAGCCCCCAGCACCGCUUCUGUCAACUCUUUGCUGAACCGGAGGAAGCACCGGCACAAGCGGAAUCUGUCCCUCGGAGCUCCCGGCUCUUCCUCUGCGGACGCGGCCAAUCCUGCUCCGGCAGCCUCGCCCCUGAGCACCCUGAGCCUCGACAGGAAGACCUUCCUCCGGCAGAAGCAGUUAAAGCAGCUGCAGGCGUCUGACAAGUCCUGGGUGAGGUCGGACCUCUGGCGGGGCUGCAUUCACGUCCACGACUGGCUCACGCCCUCCUACCCGCGGCCUGUGUUGUGCACGACGGACACCACCGCUGCCGAGGUGGCCAGCAAGCUGGAGGGCAGCAAAGCCGGCUCGGUACUUAAAAUUAAUAGCAAAAUAGCAGCUGAAUAUGACUGUUGUAAGGACAACAGCGAUGACAGUAAAAGUCUAAGUGAGAGCGUGGAUGUGAAACGGUCCGAACCGGAGGAAAGUGAGGAUCCAAACCAGGACUAUCCUGAUCCCGGGUUUUCCUGUAACUUACCAGAUGACAAAACACCCAGCAACACUUCAUCAGAGGUCUAUUUGAAUGACAUCAGCUUGGAUUUAAGUGUGACCGACUGUUACGGGGUCUGUUCUGGCUCGGAUGUGGAGAGCAGCACCUGUGAAGACUUCAGUUCAGGUGGACCCAGGAGCAUUGAACGCCGGGACUCGUUAAGCGAUGGCCUGGGUUUAGACCCAAACGGUGACAGCGCCACAGAAGGACCUGAUCCUUUUGAGAGCUCCUCGGAUGAGCUGGAGUUCACGUCCUCACCCACACAGUCUGCUGUGGAGCUACCCACCACACAACCUCCCAGCAAAGAAGUGACCACCACACUGCAGAAUGAUUACGUAGAGCCUCAUAGAAUAAUCAAACCUCCCAGCAGCUCUCAGGCUCGUCCCCUGACCAGUCAGGCAUCUGUCCAGUCCGAUCUGGAUCUUUCUGAGGGGGUCAGAGGAUGGUCAGAGCCCGUCAGCACCAGUCCCACUCCGGCCCUCUUUGUGCAGCUGCACGGUGGAGCCGUGAGGAGGCUGGGAGAUGACGAACGGCCUCUGCACAUAUUAAAUGAAUAUCUCACCAAUCUGGGCUUUGAAAACCCAAGGAGAGUGCAGGAGGAGGGCAUGAAUCCAGAAAUUGGUUGUCUGAUACGCUUCUAUUUUGGAAAGCCCCGCAGCGUAGGAGGUUCUGAGCGCGUGCAGCUGUCCGGCGUGUUCAACGUGCGGAAAGGGAAGCUGGCGCUGCCAGUGAACCGCUGGUCCAAGCGGCAGGUCACGCUGAGUGGAACCUGCCUCAUUGUCUCUUCCGUAAAACACGCCCACACAGGCAAAAUGCACAUCCUCCCGCUCAUCGGAGGAAAGGUGGAGGAGGUGAGGAGACACAGUCACUGUCUGGCCUUCAGCUCAGCCGGAGCACAGAGCCAGACUUACUACGUCAGCUAUGACUCGUACACAGAGCACCUCCGCUGGCACCGCUCGGCCGCAAAGAUUGCGUCCCAGAGGGUGAACUCUGUCGACCUCUCCUGCUGCAGCCUGGAGGAGCUGCCGUCUCAGCUGUUUUACAGCCAGGACCUUACCCACCUCAACCUCAAAAACAACUUCCUGUCACCGCACAAGGGUGUCACAGCUCUCACCAGGUUUUGUAAGCUGAGAAGCCUCAGUCUGGCCAAUAAUGCUCUGUCUGCAUUUCCUUUGGCGUUAUGUGAGAUCACCUUGCUAACUGAACUUAACCUGUCUGGAAAUUGUCUCUCGUCACUGCCAGCAGAAGUAGGAACCAUGCAAAGCCUGCAGACUCUUCUUCUGGAUGGAAACCUGCUGGAUUCCCUCCCUGUGGAGCUGGGCUCUCUGGACUCCCUGACCUACCUGGGAUUAUCCUUCAACUGUUUCAGCAGCAUCCCCCCCAUCCUGGAGAAACUCAGACACAUGGAGAGACUCUGCCUGGCAGGGAACCAGCUGUCUGUCCUGGAUAUGGCUGGACUGCAGUGGCUGCCUGCUCGCCACGUAGACAUCAGGCUGAACCAACUCCAAACUGUGAGCGCAGGAGAUGCAGGACAGCUGGCCCAUGUUGUCCAGCUGGACGUGAGGGAUGCCGGAUUACAAGAACUGGACGUCCGGGCUCUGUGCAGGCUGGAGCUCCUCCGCUGUGACAGAAACUCUCUGUCCGUCCUCCGAGUCAGCGGCCACACCCUGAAGAGCCUGCAUGCUGCACACAACGAGCUGAAACGGCUGGAGGUGUUCCCAGUGCCUGAGAGUCUGACGGCGGUGGAUUUAUCCUGGAACAAGCUGAGCUGUGUUCCUGACUGGCUGUGUGACAGCAGAAGACUGGAGGUGUUGGACAUCAGCCACAAUUCUGUUAAUGAACUGCCAAUACAGCUGCUGUGCAGCUUCAGUCUGAGGAAGCUGCUUGCUGGCUGGAACCAUGUGUGUCAGCUGACUGACAGCCUGGACAGAUCUCAGCUGGAAGUCCUGGACAUCCAGCACAACCAUGUGACUGAGCUGCCAGCAGACAUGUUCAUCAAAGCCCAGAGCUUACGUUUCCUGAAUGUGUCAGCCAAUAAGCUGGAGAGCCUGCCCCCUGCUGGCUUAUCAGAGGAGAGCUUCAGCAGUCUGGAGGAGCUCUUUGCCACCAACAACAGCCUGACGGACAAGUGCGUCCCUCUGCUGACAGCCCACACCAGCCUCAGAGUGCUUCACCUGGCCUACAACCAGUUGCAGACCUUCACCGCCAGUAAGCUGGCACGACUGGAGCAGCUGGAGGAGCUGGAUCUGAGCGGGAACAGACUGCAGGCCGUGCCCACCACCAUCCUCAGCUGCCAGCGCAUGCACAUGUUGUCCGCCCACUCCAACUGCAUCAACACCUUCCCCGAGGUCCUCCAGCUCCCGGAGAUCAAGUGCAUCGAUCUGAGCUGUAAUGAGCUGACGGAGGUGACGCUGCCAGAGACGCUUCCUCCCAAACUUCAAGAACUGGAUCUCACUGGGAACCCUCGACUGAACCUAGACCACAAGAGCCUGGAGCUCCUCAAUAAUAUCAGGUGUUUUCGGGUGGAUCCUUCUGCAUCGGCUCUGAGUGUGAGCGAGAGCCACGGCGCCCCCGCAGUCUGGAGCCAUGGUUACACAGAGGCCUCUGGAGUCAAAAACAAGCUGUGCGUGGCCGCGCUGGCUCUGGACAGCUUCUGUGGGAUCCGUGAAGCGUUGUAUGGUGUCUUUGACGGCGACAGGAAUGUGGAGGUGCCUAACUUGCUGCAGUGCACCAUGGGAGAUGUUCUAGCAGAAGAGCUUCACCGAGGCCAACGGCAGGAUGACUACAUGACCAACACCUUCCUGACCAUGCAAAGGAAACUGGGCACCGCAGGCCAGAGGAUGGGCGGCGCCGCAGCUUUGUGUCACAUCAGACACGACCCGGUGGCUCCCGGUGAGCACACCGGCUGCUUCACCCUGAAGGCCGCCAACGUGGGCAAGUGUCAGGCUGUGCUGUGUCACGAUGGAAAAGCUGUGAAACUGUCCAAGCUGCACACCGUCAAACACGCGUCCGAGUACCAGAGAAUCCGCCGCCAUAACGCCAUCAUCACUGAGGACAGCAAAGUCAGCGGAGUAACGGACUGCACCAGAAUGAUGGGGUACUCCUUCCUGUGCCCGUCUGUGACCCCGCAACCGCAUGUCUCCACGGUAACCCUCACCCCCCAAGAUGAGUUCUUUGUGCUGGGGAGCCGGGGCUUGUGGGACAUGCUGUCUCCCAGCGAGGCGGUGGAGGCGGUCAGGAAUGUUCCUGACGCUCUGGCUGCUGCCAAAAAGCUGGUGACGCUGGUGCAGAGUUACGGCUGCUCCGACAGCCUGAGCGCCGUCGUCGUCCAGCUCAACGUCACAGAAGACUGCUGCUGUUUUUGUGAGCCGCCACCCCCGCCGCCCAGCCCCGGCCUGGGGGCUCACACGCACCCUUACUCGGCGGGUGACGUGCCACUACCACCAGCUUCCUCAGGAACUGUCAGUGAGCUGAGCAGUGAGUUUAGCACGUCCGAGAUGAGCAGCGACGUCGGCUCGACAGCGUCCUCGGAGGAGCCACUGCCUCAGUCUGAACCGCUGACGUCCCACCUGAGCAUGCCUGGGCGGCCUGGGGGGCGGAGACCUGCUGGCAGCGGCAGGAUGUUCCAGCGACAGUUCUCUGGUGCUUUGUCGGAUAACGGACUUGACAGCGAGGAUGAGGAGCCCAUCGCCGGCGUCUUCUCUAACGGCAGCCGCGUGGAGGUGGAGGCUGACAUCCACGGCCGAGACCGCUCGGCGCCGCACCCUCACCUCAAUGUUCCCCCCCGUCACGAACACACGCUCCCACCCUACCCCUCCCACGCGCCGGCGUCACACUUCUCCAUCUCACCGUCCUCAACCUGUGCUGAAGGGGAGGGACGGCUGGGGACCCUGGGCCGCAGGGCCCGACCCAACGGCUCCGUGGCAUGUCAGGGCAGCAACCAGGACCUCAUCGAGGAGGCAGCCGAAGCCCCCCUCAGGAAGCAGGGGGGCUACUUCAAUGCACCAGCCCAGCCGGACCCCGAGGACCAGCUCAUCAUCCCCCCGGAGCUGGAGGAGGAGGUCCGGCAGAUCAUCCAGCAGCAGCAGGACCAACAAGCACGUGCCUUCCAGAACCUGACAGACUACUUCCUCACGCCUCUCUGAACCAACCACACAACCUUUGGACCACUUUUUUUUUUUAUUAUUCAUUUUUCUUACUGUUGACAGGAAAUGCAAUUUUAUAACACUCUUAAAUCCUCUCAUCUUUCUGUUUAUUUUUAAAUCACAUCAUUAAUCGUUAGAAGCACUUUGAAAUUGGAGACUAAUUUUACUUUAAAUGGUACUUUGAGAGAUCAGAACUGCUGUUUUUGGGUUGUUGGAGCUCAAAAACUGUUUAACUCAUAGGAGAUUAAUACUUUAAGGUGACCUCAUCACUGCAGCGCACUAAUAUUCUCUGAGAGAAACCUUAUUUCUGACGGGCUGGCGGAGGUCAGAGGUCAUGGCGGUGGGACGGGCCGGAUCCUGCACUUGUUACCAGCUCAGUGAAUGUUCUUGGAACAGAGUGAAAAAGAGCUACUUUUGCUACGUAAUAAAUUAAAGUUUUCACAAAAAGUGAAACGUCAACUCUGACUUCUUGUUUACUGACUGUUAAAUGUUAAUCCAGAUUAAAAACUGGUUUAGCUGCUGUGCUGAUUUAGAGCCGAAACAAUUAGCAGAAAAAUAAUGAGAUGUGCUCCAUGUUUUUCCUCUGCAAGGUUUUAAAUGGAUUAUGGCAUAAAUCUGAUUAAAUUAGUGAUUUUUUUUUUUUAGUCUGCACAGGAUGGUUUGUUAGAUGUUUAUUAUUUUUGUUUUAACCCGUUAAUAUUCAGAUCAGCUGUAUCCUUUUGAAAAAUGAGGACAUUUAAAGGUUAAGAGGUUUAAACCAGAUUAUUUAAAAAAAUAUAUUUAUGCAGUACUUCACAACCAAUCAGUAAAACUGUAAAAAUGUAAAUCUGGCAAACAGCCUUGGAAUAGUUACCAGCAAAUACUAUUAUGCUCCCCCUACUGGCCAUUUUGUCUUUUUCUGAACAAUAAUCUCAACUGGUGCUGACUUAAAAAAAAAAAAUAAUAAAAUCCUCCACAGGAGCAUAAAAAUGUUUUAAUAAGAGUUAAACUAAAACAAAACAUUCAAAAAUUACAAAGUCU